AUGGAGAGUACGCGCAGAUCGUUGGAUAGAUCGAGGGAGUCGGGUCCCAAGAAGCCCCGAUUGAUUGACGAACUCAGCGCUCGACAGUUGCCUCAACGACAGCAAGGGUCCGGGGCAGUUGCUACGUUGGCGUCUACGAGAUUUCGAGCAAAUGACAGAGACUCCGAAAGCAGCGAUUCGGGUCGCGGCGGCGGCGGGUACCAGCCACAGCCUCCGCUGCACCAUGAGCUUGUGGCUCAGUAUAAGGCCGCGCUUGCUGAGCUCACUUUCAAUUCUAAGCCGAUAAUUACAAACCUGACAAUUAUUGCAGGAGAAAACCAGUCUGCUGCCAAGGCAAUUGCUGGCGCUGUGUGUGCUAACAUUCUAGAGGUUCCAAGUGAUCAAAAACUGCCAUCUCUUUAUCUCUUGGACAGUAUUGUUAAGAACAUCGGGCGGGAUUAUAUAAAAUAUUUUGCUGUCAGAAUACAUGAGGUAUUCUGCAAAGCUUACAGACAGGUUGAUCCUUCUGUCCAUUCAAGUAUGAAGCAUCUUUUUGGAACUUGGAAAGGAGUCUUUCCUCCUCAGUGUCUUCAGAUGAUUGAGAAGGAACUUGGGUUUGCACCUGCAGUCAAUGGUUCAGCUUCGGUAUCUGCUACAGUCAGGAGUGAUUUGCAGUCACAACGCCCUCCUCAUAGCAUCCAUGUCAAUCCCAAGUAUUUAGAAAGGCAGCGUCUCCAGCAAUCAAUCAUGUGUUCCUUGGAUGUUGAAACAGAACUGGAAGACGAAUUUGACGCUUUAGUUAAAAGAGUAGUUAAUGACAUGACUGGAGCUUUGUUAAACUCAAAUGAGGAUUCAGAGAGGCCAGAUAGAGCUUUGGGUGCUUCUCGACCAUGGCUGGAUCCUAGGAUGAACUUGCUUCAUAAUCAGCACACACAGAGAGAUGCAUUUAAUGAUUCUGUUCCUGAGAAGAGCAUUGAUGGAUCAUUUGGAGGCAGUCAAUAUGGUUCUGGUAUUUCAAGUAAUUUGGUCUCAGGGGUUGGAAGAACUGGAAGUAAAGUCAUUGAUUUAGGGCACGAGAAAACAUGGUUCAAAACAGAUGGUGGUGAUGCAGAGACCAUAUCUGAGAAAAAAAAUGGUUUCAGUCUCAAGCGUAGUUUUUCAAAUCAUGAAGCACCAAAGUCCAUGAAUUUAGAAGCACUUCGUCAGCCAAGACAAAGUAUAACUAACCUACGGAAAAAUGUGAUGUCAGGUAACUGGAAAAAUUCUGAAGAGGAGGAGUUCACGUGGGAUGAGAUGAACUCUGGUUUGACUGAUCAUGGACACAAUGUGUUGAGCACUGACUCAUGGAUGACAGAUGAUGAAAAUUUGGAAGGUGAAGAUCACCUCCAAAUCACACCCCCUUUUGGGGCAAAGGUUGAUAGAGAAUUAUCUUCUGUUAAGAAGAAACAAAUGCCUGGUUUUGGGGGCCAUCCACCUUCAUCAUGGCAAUUGCAGAAGCACCAGUUGAAUCUGAAGCCAAGCUACUCAGAAGGAUUGGUAUCCACUGGCUUACUGGCCAACGCAAGUUCUUUACCUGUCAAGAAGGUGAACCAAUCUUUUAUGUCAAAUGCAUCAGUAGGAAUGGUGAAAAUUGUAGAACAACAAUUUGAUUCUGAGGAAACCGAAUCCCCUUCUGGGCAGUCACCUUUGCCACAACAGUCUUCAUCACUGCCAGGAACAGUACACCACCCUCGUUCAAUGCAAAAUUUGGCUGAGCAAGAAAUGCCCCAGAAUAUCAAAACAUCUCAAUUUUCGGGGGGUUCAAUAAGUCAGCUCAUUAGAGAUCGUUCACCUACCCUUCAUCCCAUUCUUCAGGUUGGUAACAUGCGAAGAUCACAGGAAAAGGACCCGCAGGACCCGGUAUCUUCUGCAACUGCUUAUGUAUCAAAGCUUCAGUCACGGCAGCUGCAUUCUUCUCAGACUGAAGUUUCUGUUAAAACUAAGCUUCCCCAGUCUAAAGUUUGUUUAGCCAAAGAAGUUUCAGACCAGUCAACCAAAAAUAAUUUGUCAGCUGCAGCUGUCAAGAGUGAAAUCAUCUUCAAGAAAUCAGUUACCAGUAAUCUGGAUCCAAGGAAGCAUCCACCUAAGUCUGGGGUUCAGUCUGGUAGGUCUUCUCCUACCAAAUUAACUUCUUCAGGGUCUGUAGUGGCAUCGCCAUCUUUAUUAGAUCCUCUGCAUAAAGAUUUAUCUAUACUGCCAAAAAAACCUCAAGGAAAGUCUGGACAACCACCACAAAGGCUUGCUACUCAACCACCCGCUUCCUCUAACGUGAAUGGUGCCAAAAAUAAUAAUGUAAAUCCAAUCGCAAACCUUUUAAGCUCAUUGGUCGCAAAGGGUUUGAUAUCUGCAGAAACAGAACCACCAACUAUGGUACCAAGCGAGGUGUUGAAGGGAUCCAAAGAUAAAACUGUAGUCAUUAGCAACAGUAGCUCUUUGCCAGUUACAUCAGUUUCUGGUUCUGCAGCUGUCCCAGUAUCGUCUUCCAGAGAUGAGAUAGACGCUGCUACAAAAUCCUCUGUUGCCUCACCUCAAUCAACUAGCACGAAAAUCAGAAAUCUCAUUGGCUUUGAUUUUAGACCUAAUGUAAUUCGAGAAUUCCAUGAACCUGUAAUUAGGGAAUUAUUCGAUGAUUUCCCUCAUUAUUGCGAAAUUUGCGGUAUUAGGUUUAAACAAGAAGAACAGUAUAAUAGACACUUGGAGUGGCAUGCCACAAGAGAACAUGAUCUAAUUAAAGCAUCAAGAAGUUGGUAUGCUAAGUCAGGUGAUUGGAUUACUGGCAAGGCAGAAUUUUCAACUGAGUUUGAGUUUACUGAUUCAGUUGAUGUAUACGACAAAGAAACAGACAGCAGUCAACUGGAUGUGAUGAUUCUAGCAGAUGAAAAUCAGUGUUUGUGUGUAUUGUGUGGAGAGCUAUUUGAAGAUGUGUACUGUCAGGAAAGGAACGAGUGGAUGUUCAAAGGGGCCGUUUGCAUGAACUACUCAGAUAUCAAUAAUGAGAUGGAAAGUAGAAAUGUGGGUCCCAUCAUUCAUGCCAAAUGCUUAUCAGAGAACUCAAUUGUUACCAAUUUGGUAAGAAGCCUUGUCUGA